AGAUAAGGCUUUCGGGACAGCUUGGGGGUUGAGCAAUCAGACCGGAGCUUAGACCUGGCCUACGCGGAACUUCCUUCCUCGGCUGGACGGGACGGGAAGAGGCUUUAAAUGGGGACUAGGUCCAGCUUUCUGUCGCUGUACGAGCUUCCGCACCGUCCGACCCUGAGGCUCACACCACGGCAGCUCUCCUAACGUCGACAUCAUGGUUCCUACCACUCACGCGCUGCCCGUGUGGCUGCUCUUCCUCUGCGGGCUGGGGGACACGGUCCCGUCCCACCGUGGACACUGCACCGGGAAUCAAUGCUUCGUUCUUUUCCAGGAGCCCGGGGACUUUGCUGGAGCACAGAAAAGCUGCAAGGACUCCGGUGGACAGUCAUUAAUGUCCAACUCGGAACCCGUAGAGAAGCUGCUGAGGAGCCCGCUCCACGGUGGUUUCUGGAUGACGCCCAGCCCCGACGGCCCGGGUCGGCCAGGCUGCCCCUGCAUCUCCGUGUCGGGGGGACGGAACUUCACGGUGCUGUGGAAGCCGUGCCGGGACUCUCUGGACGGCUUCCUGUGCCAGUACACAUUCCAUGAGCUUUGCGGUGGUUUGCAGGCAGCCAGCGACGCGCAGGUAAAGUACACCUACACGUCCAUGGACUGGGAGCUGGACGACUCGGACACGUUCCCCCCGGGAACCAUCGCCGUGGCGGGAACGUUAGACGGCCAGUACCUGGACUCGAAGCAUGUGUGUUUCUCCAGCGGCUGGGUGGAAGCUCCCUGGACCUGCGAGGUGCUGCAGGGGGGCUGUGAGCACGCCUGCAGCUCCACACACGGCUGCGUCUGUCCCGCGGGGAAAACACUCCAACCCAACAACUUCGCGUGCACUGACAGCCCGUGCGGGUCGAACCCGUGCACAGGUGAGGGCGAGGAGUGUCAUAUCACACAGGACGGGUUCACUUGCACGUGCAAAGACGGCUUUGACCUGGAGGAUGGAGGGUGUGUAGACGUUGCAAUCUGUGAAAAGUGUGAGCACAUGCUGUGUGACAAAUUCAACGGCGUGUACGAGUGCCACUGCCGGAAAGGGUUCCGCGUUUCCCCGCGUGACCCCUCGAAGUGUGAGUUGAUGUGCACCGAGAGGGACUGUCCGAGCAUAUGCGUCCAUGAUGACGAGAAAGGGCCCCAGUGUUUCUGCCUGGAUGGCUACAUUCAAGACACCAGCCCCAAUACCAGCACCCCCUUCUGCACCGACAUCGAUGAGUGUGAGAGUAACCAGUGUGACCAGCAGUGUGAGAACCUGUUCGGGAGUUACAGGUGUUUGUGCGAUGACGGGUUCAAGCUGCACCCCGACAUGUUCACGUGUGUGCCCGUGCCCGUGAGAGAGCAGGAAGAGGACGAAGAUGGAUCGGGUUCAACAGCUCCGUACCCCUCCCCGGCUAGCCCUCACCCUGCCACAGUAGUACCCUCUUACAUCAAGACCGGCAGCGUCAUGGGCAUGAGCGUGUUCGUGGCGCUGUGCGCGGCACUGCUCUAUUUCCUGAUCCGAAACGGGGCCAAGCGCUGCGGCAAGUUCGAUCUCUCGUCCUUCCGACGCCCAGAGAUCGAUAUUUUCUAUCUGCAGCAGGUGACCACCGAGACAUAUAAGAGGAUAUCCUUCGACAAACAGUUUAAAAAUGAUCCGCCGACGAUACUCUAACCCGCACCG